UCUCCGACCUACAGCACAGGACUACAGUGAGGCCAAGAGAGGAACAUGUUGCUACAGAAACUGUUUGUGUGGAUCCUGUCAGUUCUGUGUGGCUCUGACAUGUGUUUGGGAUUUGUCUAUGACCGACCCAAACGCUCCGGAGAGGAUGGGACUUCAGCCAGGACAGACUCUCGCUCGGCGUCUCAGUACGUGCCGACCUCCGGCUCCUGCAGGAACAGGUGUUUUGAGCUGGUUGAGUUGGAGCCACCAAACUGUCGCUGCGACAACCUGUGCAAGACCUACAAUGGCUGCUGCUCUGACUUUGACCAGCUUUGCCUCAGAACAGAAGGGGGCUAUGAGUGCAGUAAGGAUCGAUGUGGGGAGACUCGAAACGAACAACAUGCCUGUCACUGCUCUGAUGACUGUCUGUCCAGAGGAGACUGUUGUACCAACUACAAGAAACUGUGCAAAGGAGACACUUCAUGGCUGCAGGAUGAAUGUGAGGACAUCAAGACUGCCGAUUGUCCUGCUGGGUUUGUGCGUCCACCGCUCAUCAUGCUUUCAGUGGAUGGAUUUAGAGCUUCGUAUGUGAAGAGAGGGAGCAGCGUCAUACCCAACAUUGAGAAACUCAGAACAUGUGGAACCCAUGCUCCCUACAUGAGGCCUGUUUACCCCUCCAAAACCUUCCCCAACCUCUACUCACUGGCUACGGGUCUCUACCCAGAGUCUCAUGGUAUUGUUGGAAACUCUAUGUUCGACCCAGUGUUUGAUGCAACUUUCACCCUGAGGAGCCGAGAGAAACUGAAUCACCGCUGGUGGGGAGGACAACCAAUCUGGAUCACAGCACUCAAACAGGGAGUGAAGGCUGCCACCUUCUUUUGGCCCGUUGCCAUCCCUUUGGAGAGAAGGAUACUUACCAUGCUGCAGUGGCUCCACCUUCCUGAAGGAGAGAGGCCCUAUGUUUAUGCCAUGCACUCUGAACAACCAGACACGUAUGGACACAGAGUGGGGCCCCUGAGCAUAGAAGUGAGUACUGUGUAUCUACAUGUGCACUUGUAUAUGUAUAUUGUGGCAUGUGUGUGGAAAGUACACACUAAAUCACACAAAUCAAAAAGACUCCAGGCACAUUUUGAAGAUCGCAACUCCCUUUGUGUGUUCCAGCUGAACAACCCUCUGAGGAUGAUUGACAGGAUCGUUGGCCAGCUGAUGGAUGGGCUUAAGCAGAUGAAGCUGCACCGCUGUGUCAACAUCAUCCUGGUGGGGGAUCAUGGUAUGGAAGAGGCCCACUGUGAUCGCACCGAGUUCCUCAGUAACUACAUGACCAGUGUUGAUGACAUCAUCCUCAUCCCUGGGUCUCUUGGCAGAAUACGCUCCAGAUACCCCAACAACCCUAAAUAUGACCCUAAAGCUGUUGUUGCAAAUCUAACGUGUAAGAAAACAGACCAGCACUUUAAGCCAUACUUGAAACAGCAUCUGCCUAAGAGACUGCAUUACGCCAACAAUCGCCGCAUUGAAGAGAUUCACCUGCUGGUUGAGAGGAAGUGGCAUGUUGCCAGGAAAGUCCCUGAAGGGAGGAGGCACUGUGGCUUCUCUGGGGACCAUGGAUAUGACAAUAAGAUCAACAGCAUGCAGACUAUUUUCUUGGGGUAUGGACCUACAUUUAAAUUCAAGACUAAAGUUCCAGCCUUUGAAAACAUUGAGCUUUACAAUGUCAUGUGUGAUCUUCUGGGUCUGAAAUCAGCCCCCAAUAAUGGAACCCACGGCAGUCUGAACCACCUGCUCAGAAGCCCCCCAUACAGACCCACCAUGCCAGAGGAGGUUUCCAGGCCAACAGCAGCCGGUCUUGUUCCUUCAGGAACAGAUGACUUGGGCUGCAGCUGUGAUGAAAAGAACAAAGUGGAGGAGCUAAACCACCGACUGAGGCAAGCUAUUGAUGACAGCAGGAACCUGCCAUACGGCCGACCUGCUGUCCUCUUCCGUACCAAAUAUUCCAUCCUUCACCACAGUGACUACAUCAGCGGCUACAGUGAAGCUCUUUCCAUGCCCCUCUGGACGUCCUACACUGUUAGCAGACAGGUAGAAGUAUCUCCUCUGCCUGAAGCUCUGUCUAACUGUGUGAGACCAGAUGCCAGAGUCCCUCCGGCCUACAGCCAGUCUUGUACCAACUACAGAGCAGACAAACAAAUCACAUACGCCUUCCUGUACCCACCACAACUUUCCUCAAACAUGGACAAAAAAUAUGACGCUGUCCUCAUCACCAACACUGUUCCCAUGUAUCCUGCAUUCAAAAGGAUAUGGGGCUACUUCCAGAGAGCACUGGUGAAGAAAUAUGCCACUGAGAGAAAUGGAGUGAACGUUCUCAUUGGACCCAUAUUUGACUAUGACUACGAUGGAGUCAGGGACUCAGCUGAGAAGAUAAGAGAGUAUGUAAGUGGGACGAUACCGAUCCCCACACACUACUUUGUCGUCCUGACCAGCUGCUUAGACUUCACACAAGCUGUAGACUCGUGUAGUGGCCCGCUGAGCAGCGCCGCUUUCAUCCUGCCGCACAGACCCAGCAACGAUGAAACCUGCAACAGCUCAGAGGAGGAGUCUCGCUGGGUGGAGGAUCUGAUGAAGAUGCACACAGCUCGUGUCAGGGACGUGGAGAUCCUGACCGGCCUGGACUUGUACCGAAGAACCACCCGGAGCUACGCUGAAAUCCUCUCGCUCAAGACCUACAUGCACACCUACGAGAGCGAGAUCUGAUCUCUGGUCUGGAUCUGUGUGCAAAAAUGUUACUGACAUUUUCUUCAACUGUGGUGGAUGUACAUGAUGUGGUACCAGAUAAAGUGUCAUCUCUGUUACACUGUUCUACACUGGCUGCUCUGCAGCAUCCAUUUUGUGGCCCUGUCACGAAGCGUUUCCUUUUAUCUUAUUCAUUCCAUAUAAUUGUUUAGAUUCAGCUUUAACACCACUGAGCUACCAGAUGUGGUACUGGACACUUGAGUUUGUUUGCUUAGCAGAUGGAAAGAAUUGUUACAAGGCCCCCACUCCUAAAUCCAGGCUUUACAAAAAGUCAAAGAGAGGUGUGUGGUGAAAAUCCCCAGAUUUAUUCACAGAAAGACUGCCACAGACUUACAACACAGUAGGGGUCUGCAUCCAUUGCAGUUACCUUUAAGAGGGCUGCAGGACGCUGGAGCUGAUCCUAGCUGACAGGAACCAGGCUGAGAGGCAUCACCAGGUCUCAAAAGAUGGCAAAAAAAGAGUUAGCUUAAUUCAUGUUUAAAAAGUGACACAGUGAGAAAAUGUAAAUAAAUAGUAAACCUUCCAGUUAAAGGAGCUUCAGCAGCAUGACUAACAGACCAUGGGAUUCUAUUGACAUUAGGUCAGGUAUCAGACUAUAAACAAAGACCAAUCAGAUCAACAGGUCUCUGUAGCACAACAUGUUUGGUUAGUAAAGCAAAUAUUCACCUGACACCUGACAGAUCGUGUUUCUAUCCUCUUUCGUCCAAAAUGGUUUUCUGACAACCUAUUCAUGUCCAUAGAAUCACAAGGUCAGUAAGUUGUGCUGCAGUGAAGCUUUCAUUACACAAGAAAUAAACGUAGUCUUUCGUAUCUUUAGGAGCCGUUACUUUUUCCUGUUUUUUUCCUUCUAAUUAGAGGUGUUGUUACUUUUCUGGCAGUCUUUCUGUGAAUGGGACUAGCAGCAAGAAAGCAAGAAAGUUACAGUUUCAUGGAGGCCCUGAAUGAACAACCACCCCCUGUCAACCUUUGCCAUCCAUCACUGUGUUUAUACACUGUUCCUAUCUAUGUUCUCAUCCAGUGGACCAGCACAGCAGUUGGAUUAUUUGUACCAAGACCCAAAAACCAGACAAUUAGAAUAAUACCUAGCAGCAGCUGUUUUGUCAGGUCUGUUUGGUUAAACACAACUUCAUUUAGAAAGAAUCACAAUAUAAGCUAAAUGCGUUUGAGUCUAGCGCCAAUUCCAAAUAAAUUUUAACUUAAUCAAGAAAUGACAAACUGACAUAUAUUACUGUAGUGUUUCAUAUACAUCACGCUGUCAGAUAUUUUAAUGUUCAUCAUCUUGUGUUACACAACUCUCUGCCACAAAGUCACAUACACAUAUUAGAAACAGAUGUAGUAUUUGUAAGUUGGUUUCUGUUAAUAUAUAUAUAUAUAAUUCAUAAAAAUUCCAGUUAUUUUCAAGUAAACUAUAUUUCAUGUGUAUUAAAGAUGCUAUGUGUUUUAAAGAUGUUAAAAGAGAUGUAAAUUGCACUGCAAAGCUGUCAGCAGAGUCAGAGUCCCAGACAAAAACAUCCCUUUCAGCAGUAAAACAGGACUGUAAAACUGGAGCAGUUUCCUGUGUAACAUGGACCUGCUCUGUCUGACCUCACAUUUACUCAUGACACCAUGUCUGCAUUCAACAAUUUUUCCUUAUGUUCAGUGAUACAAAAAAGAUAUUACCUUUAGUUUUUGUUGUGGAAUGAUAAAGCAAAGUGUUUGUCCGUGUGUGCGUGUUUGUGUGUGUGUGUGUGUGUGUGGAGUCUUUGUUGAACUUAAGAUACCUUUUAUGUGUAUGUUUGACUGUCGAGUGUGAGUUGUGAUUUUAACUUGUGCACAAUAAUGGUAAUGUUAAUGAUGAUUUAUUAAUGUUUUCCCUAAAAACAUUUACCACCUGUGAGACUGACCUAUUUAUGCUUUAUGUACUUUUCUCCACAAUAAACACGUGUUUUUACUAAAUAAACUGUGGUGCAUAUGAAGCUAA